AGGUCAACUUUUCCUGCCAGGUGCAUUGUAACAUUAAUAAAUUAUAAGUUAAGAACUUCCAAGUUUAUAUAAAAGCGAACACCGCCAUUCUAUAUCAUACGAAUUUCAGAAAUUGUAUUGGAAGAGUGAAGAAAACCAUGUCCUUAGAAACGCAAUUUCAGUCAGCUGCAGAUCAGGUUAGGAAAUUUUCAAAAAAACCAUCCGAUUCAGAUAUGUUGGAGAUAUACGCCCUGUAUAAGCAAGCGACAUCGGGAGAUGUCAAUACACCGAAACCUGGAGAUGCAACCGGCAAAGCCAAAUGGGACGCCUGGAGCAGCAAGAAAGGCCUGGACAGCAACGCAGCCAAAGAAAAAUAUAUCGCAAAAGUGCAGAUCUUAGCUCCGAAAUUUGCAUAAAAAAUUAAAAAUGUUGUAAUAACUUGGGAGGGUUGUUACGUUUAGUUUUAAUUAGGGUCCGCCUACAUGAUUGAUAAUUACUAAUAUAUUUAAGUGCACUUUAUGUUUUAUUUUCCCAUAUCGUCGAAG